ACAACGAGGUGAAGGUGAGGCGUGAGAUAUCUGGGGAGAUGAGAGAACCUGUCGGAGAGAUUACAGAGGAAGUUACCCUGAGUGUCAGCGUACAGUCCACCAGCACAGGAUCCAGCAUGCUUAGCAACAACUCGACCUGCGACCCCCAAAGCAGCAGCAGCCAAUCAGAGCCCGCCAACCAACACGGCUCCUACCCCCGUCGUCACGGCAACGACGACUUCGCCGCCCACAGAMACCGGGCGGAUCACCGUGGCGACAGAGGAAACCCCCGUAACUAUGACGACUGUGUCGGUAACCAGGAAGUGGACAUGGCGGAACUGGAGGCCAUCCUGCGAGGGGUGAUGGGGCGGGGGGUUGACAGAGACUCUCCCUSUAAAGGGGGUAUGGUUAAUGUCCAGCGCGCCUCCCACGGUGGACCUAGUGGAGGAGUAGCCCACAACACAGAGGUGCGCUCUGGGACAUGGAGUGACCAGAAGGAGAACUCUACAGCCCUCAAUGCCGCCCUGAAGGAGAUAGCCCGUGUGACGUGAAGAGCUGUGUAGCUAUCAGAGAUGAGAUCGGAGGAAGUCCGGAGGGGACAAGAGGGGUCGAACCGAGUCCCUGUAUUUCCCCGAGGUGGACCAUGUUACGACCAGAGAGAGAAUGGAGGAUCCUGUCUUCAACCUGACGCAGCUGGUAGCUGACCUCCGGGCCCUGGAAGAGGAGAACUGGCUGUCCAUCAGGAAGGACCCCACCAGGGGCCCCAGUCACCUCAAGGACCCCACAUCCAAGCCCUCUGAGUGGGAGAGAGAAGCACCUCCGCUCCCCCCUCUGCUGGUUCCUCCUCCUAUCCCUCCUCGGACAACAUCGUGGUACCUCGCCAGCCCCUCCCCUGAACUACAACUACAUGUCCCAGAAUCCCUCAYUGGCUCAGGCAGGAAGUGCCACAGUCCCUGUCUCCUGUUAGACAGGAAGUGCAGCAGCAGCCCAUCGAUAGUGAGGAAGUUCGAGGCGAUGCUGCAGGAGAACGAGGGGAAAGUUCUGACGGAGGCGGGGUUUACCACCUGCGCUGUUCCCGCUAACUCCCACUGCAACGUGGGCUGCUGCCACAACCGCUGGUCCUGCGACGGGAGCCGCUUCGGCAGCAGCAAGUCGUCCACCUACGUGCCUGUCCAGAAGAGCCUGUCUGAAGUCAACAUAGUGAGUGCUGCUGGGAGAGAGUUGAUCCACGACUACAGGCCCGUGGAGAACCCUAGAAGCCCUGAGAGAGAGAGUCGUAUACAACCGGGAAACAAAGACCGAGCAGUUUCACACACCUUUCUUGACCUUAUCUCAGAGUUACCCCCCCCAGGCUCCAACCCUCCAGGCUACAACCCUCCAGGCGCCAACCCUCCAGGCUCCAACCCUCCAGGCUCCAACCCUCCAGGCUCCAACCCUCCAGGCUCCAACCCUCCAGGCCACAGUAAGGAAUAAGAUGCUGGAACAGGCCACUGCUGGUUUAACAGGACUCUCUUCAGGCUGAGAUGGGUCGAGGGAUGAAGGACGAUGAGGUGGAGGACAGUUUUACAUCAGCGUGUGUCUCUAAGGGGGGCAUACCAGACGGUACGACGGUAUGUGGCGAGGUCACGCACGGGGUCACCAGGGAGACGAACUUUGACCUCCGGCCACGGCACACCACAGAGGUCAGACAGAAGGAGGUGAUCUGUGAAUCACAGCUCAGAAGCUGAGUUCAGGGAUCAAACUGAGCCA